AUGGCCACGGCGAGGACGAUGAGCAUCGUGGAUCAUGAACUCCCCGACGAUACACACAACAUCUACGACGUCACAUUCUUCGAAGACACCAUCUCAACUAUAGUCACAAAUACACCAUCAUACGUCGACACUUGGAUCUCCGACAUCGAACGCAUCCACCGCAGCCGUCUCCACUCCCUCGUCGUCGGCCUCGAUGUUGAGUGGCGUCCUAACCAGAGUCGGAACUUCGAAAACCCAGUGGCCACGCUCCAACUCUGCGUGGGACGCAGCUGCUUAAUUUUUCAGAUCCUCCACUCCCCUAACGUCCCUUCGUCGCUCAGAAACUUCUUCAGUAAUCCCUCCUACACCUUCGCCGGCGUCGGGAUCGAUAACGACUUGGAGAAGCUCACGGAGGAUUACAAUCUGGUGGCUGCGAAAACGGCUGAUGUGAGGGCGUUGGCUGCGGAGAAGUAUGGUUUGAGGGAGCUUAAAAAUUCAGGGUUGAAAGAAUUGACGAGAAGGGUUCUUGGGAAGGAGGUGAGCAAGCCGAAGGCGAUUACGAUGAGCAGAUGGGAUAAUCAAUGGCUGACUUCGUCUCAGGUACAGUAUGCUUGCAUCGAUGCUUUCUUGAGUUUUGAGAUCGCGAGGGUCUUGAUUUCUGGGAAUCAGAACUGA